GCCAAUGUCUUCGUCAAGGUCGACAACAUCUACGAUGACCAACACGCAGUCAAUGUCUAUGACACCGACGAUUGCAGCGGUUCCAUCGUCGGACACAUCCGAAACACGAACGGCUGCCUCAAUCUGUACGCCUUCAGCAGCUCAGCCAGAACGCGCGACACGGUCGAUGCGUCCGCGUCCGAAUACUUCGAAACGGACUACCUGUACAAUUUUCCAUCGUCGAAUGCAGCGCAGUUGAAGGUCCCGGUUGCGCAUGGCCUUUUCCGCACCGUGGACCGAGCCAACCGCACGGAGGAUUACAUCUAUGCAAACGAAGCCUUUGACGUGUUCCUGCUCACCAACCUGGAACAUGUCAAUAGCAUCCAGCGUCAGUGGACUGUGCAAAGCACGGAUGCAGACCAACCCGAAAAAGAGCACGCCUCGGCCCGCCAGCUUGAAUGGGCAUACUGCAGUUUCGAAGCUGCUCUCUCCCACCUCCCAACGCUCAUCCCAACUAGAAUCAACACCAACCUAUGCGCAGCACACCUGUGCUCUAUCCUCACUGUGGCCCUCCUCGCCAACCUCCAAAUCCUCUGGAUCCACACCGUUAUCACCAAGCCAUCCACAAGACCCAUCUACCAGCGCCUCCCCAGCCUGGCCAAUUGGACCCGCACAGCGCCCCUAGCCAUCAUAGAAGCCGCAAACCAGUAUCUGGUAGGCGUGUACUCAAUGGACCUCGCUAUCCUCCUCCUCGCAAAGCCCAUAGCGCCCUUCCUGAAUGUCGAGGAUCUCCUCGAUCCAGACGCCACUCGCGCACUACAGCAAGGCUAUGCGCUGGCGACCUUCGGCCUACUCCCCUGCUUUGUAAUGUGCAUGGCCACUCUCCCUAUCCGGGUCCUUCUCAUCCGCAUCGUCGCCUCCAUGCUUCCCGACGAGGAGCAUCCGAUCGUGCCGCUCGAUCCGGCGCUGCGGGCGCAUCGGCAUCGUCCCCCGUUCGGGGUUCUCGACGCGUGGAGAAGGGUACCGCGCAGUACGUGGAUGCGCGUCUGCAGGAUCCAGGCCCAGGCGUAUGUCCUGUCCGCUGGGAUUUACUUUCUCGGAAAAUCGUCCUACGCUGAUUUCCAUCGGGUUGCUACCCUGCCGAUGACUUGGUUCAGUGGCUGGUGAGAUUGACUGGUGUUACCAGCGGCCCUGCG